AGAAAUUAGUCUACCUCGGCGGACUUGUUGUUGAUAGCAUGCAAGGACGCAAAGCGCAUUGUUGUUACAAGGCGGCUACAAGGCGAUGAGAAGCCUGAAUGGAGUCAGAGGAAGCCUCAGAGCCCCCUGGGGCUCCCACCAAUGUUCCGUUGACAGAGCAACGCAGCCGGGUCAAUCUUGUCGCUGCACUUAAGCCGAUCUGAACCGCCACCCAUCUCAUCAUUUACACCAGAUCUGCAUUUAGUCGGCGGUAUUCUGGAGAGAGCACAGACAGAAGAGAGAACAGCUUAUCCGAUCAGAUAUCCGAUUAGAUACACGUCCAGGCGAAUUGAAACGCAUCCGGAUUGAAACCGAUAUAGUGAAACCCAUGCCAAAGAUCUACUUACGCCAAUCGAUUUACAGUAGGGAACCCCGAUAAACCCAGUCGCGAGAAGCGGAUUCAUCAUCCCGCCGAGGUAAUAGGAGAAGAGACGAUAUCGGGACGUGUCGAGAUGGCGGCGCCGGUGAUCGAGAAGAAGCGUUUCUUCUGCCGAGAAUGGGCUUUCACGAAGCUGUCACACUGCCUGGAGCAGCGUCCGCAGUCGAAAACCUGCGGUGCUCUGAUCGUGGGCGGGCCGGGAAGCGGGAAGACGGCUCUCUGCGCCGAGUUGGCGUGGCCGUCGAAUGGCGCCUCCGCGAGGCAUCAGCGCUCCCUGAAUCGUCGUCUGCUGGCCCGACACUUUUGUCAGGCUAGGAGCGAGGCCUCUCUGUCACCCGCUCAAUUUGUGCGGUCUCUGGUGGCCCAAUUGCUCCAAGCGAGCUCGGACGGCUCCCAUCAUCGAGCGUCGUCCAUGCCCAUCUCGCCGGCGACGUCCGCGACUACGGCCGUCACCACAACGAUGCUUACAGCAACAACGACGACGACGACGACGACGACGACAAUGGCGACGGCGAUGCCUACGACGACGACACCGACGAUAUCGACGAUCGUCGCAACGGCGCCGCCUCUCACGUCCAGGGAGGCCGUCGCAGAGGCCUACGCCGAGAAGCUGCGAACCGAUCCGGAGAUACAGGCCGCGUUGCAACCGGACGUUUUGGAUCGAGAUCCGGACGACGCUCUGAAGAAGGCUCUGCUCUUCCCGCUGUUGGAAGUCGAGCCGCCAAAGAACUGUCUCUUCUUGCUAGUGGACUCCAUUGACGAGGGCCAGACGUUAAAUCCACCGCAAACUGGCACCAGGGAUUCUCGGAGAGAGAAUGAUAAUGUCAGUCGUACAAUAGCUGAAUUGCUGGCUAAUCAUCACCAUCUAUUCCCACAAUGGCUUUUGUUAGUUUGCACCGCUCGACGACAGAGUAAGACUAUCUCGCGUAUGUUCACCGGCUUUCGCAAGAUCUCGCUGGACGACCUAAGAAAGUCCCAGGUUGUUAGGGAUGUUCAACAAUAUAUUCUCGCGCGGCUGGAUCAAGAAGAUGCGCUCAGGCAGCACAUCUCGCGUGACACCGCCGAGAUGCUAAACCAGCUGCACAUAAAGAGCAACGGCUGCUUUCUGUACCUGGAGAAAGUUCUCGACGGCGUGGCGGAGAACUUUAUUGUUCUGCGCGAGGUGCGAGAGAUCCCGGGAACGCUGAACGGCCUAUACCUCUGGCUCUGCCAGCGACUCUUCAGCAGGAAGCAAUUCAGCAAGGUGCAGCCUCUACUCAACGUCAUACUCGCUGCCAAAUUGCCCAUCACUCAAGAGAUUCUGUACGAGAGCGUGAAGACGGCCUGCGUCGGCAUCACCGUGGAGGACUUCAAUCGCCGGCUCCAUUUACUGCGUCGGGUGAUAUCGGUCUCGCGUGCCGGCGCAUUGAUGCUCUUUCAUCACAGCUUCGCCGAAUGGCUGCUGGACGUGAAGCACUGCACCCAGAAGUAUCUUUGUUCGGCCACUGAGGGCCAUGCCAUGCUGGCGGCCUACUACACUCUACGCGGCCCCGAGCUCAAUCCCGACGAGAUCUGCGUGCUGGCGCAACACCUGCAACGCGCGAUAAUGAGCAUUCCGGUUAACACCACAUUGGAUGUCUACACUCUUCAAGUACUUUGGAUGAUUGGUAGUAACGCGCCCAUCGAAGGCUGUUAUCUGGAUAGCUCCGAGUGCAUUCUUUGGCCCAGGCAAGACUUUAAGCUUCUGAAACUGCUAAUCGACGCUGGCGCUAAGCCCUCUGAGAAGACGAUUGACGAUGACGCUAGCAAAGAUGCUAUUUCUUCUAGUCAGGUUUCGCAAGAUGUGAGCCCCAUUGAUGAAUCUCCGAGUGAACCGCUAACAGAACUUCUCGGUGAAAGCGGAGAUAUCAAUCAAACAGACUCUUAUGGACGAACGGUAUUACACACUUUAGCCGCCGAUGGCAAUGCAUCUCUUCUGGAAUUGGCGCUUGCAGCCUGUCCGCAGGCAAAAUUGGAAGCGGUCGACCGUAAUGGACAAACACCACUGAACUUGGCCGCCAGGCAUGGUUACGCGGAUGUGGUGCGUGUUCUUUUAGCUGCCGGUGCGAGGGCGGAUCACGCGGACUGUGACGGCUGGACCGCCCUUAGGGCCGCUGCCUGGGGAGGGCAUAUUCAGGUGGUCGAGCAACUUCUGAAGCACGGGGCUAUGGUAGAUUGCGCGGAUUGGGAUCAACGAACUGCGUUAAGAGCCGCCGCAUGGGGCGGUCACGAGGAUAUCGUUAAGGCUCUCUUAAAACACGGCGCGGACGUUAACAGAACAGACGACGAAGGUAGAACUGCUUUAAUCGCCGCGUCAUAUAUGGGUCACAGCGAGAUCGUAGAACAUCUUUUAGAUUUCGGUGCCGAAAUCGAUCACGCGGACAGCGACGGCAGAACCGCGCUCAGCGUUGCUGCGCUAUGUGUUCCUACUAAUCACGGAUAUGCAAAGGUAGUCACGAUACUUUUAGAGCGAGGUGCCACCGUGGAUCACGAAGACAAAGACGGCAUGACUCCGCUACUAGUCGCCGCGUUCGAGGGUCAUCGCGACGUUUGCGAUUUGCUUCUGGAAUUCGACGCGGAUAUGGAUCAUUGCGACGUCACUGGGAGAACGCCUUUGUGGGCGGCCGCGAGUAUGGGACACGGAUCGGUCGUCAAACUCUUACUGUACUGGGGCUGCUGCGUCGACACUAUAGACAACGAAGGCAGGACCGUUCUCAGCGUGGCCGCUGCCCAGGGCGGCACGGACGUCGUGAAGCAAUUGCUCGCCAGAGGUCUAGACGAGCAACAUAGAGACAAUUCUGGUUGGACCCCACUACACUAUGCGGCGUUCGAGGGUCACAUCGAUGUUUGUGAGGCGUUACUGGAGGCUGGCGCGAAGAUUGACGAGACGGAUAAUGAUGGAAAGAGCGCUAUUAUGCUCGCAGCACAGGAAGGGCACACGUCAUUGGUAGAGAGAUUGCUGAAACAACACAGCGCGCCUAUAGAUCAGCAUGCCCACGAUGGUAAAACCGCUUUAAGACUCGCGGCUUUGGAAGGACAUUAUGAUACAGUAAAGGUAUUGUUAUCUCAUAAUGCUGAUGUUAAUGCGAAGGAUGCCGAUGGAAGAAGCACUCUCUAUAUACUCGCGUUAGAAAACAGACUAGCUAUGACGAGGUUUCUGCUCGAACACGCAGACGUAGAAAGUAGAGAUUCAGAAGGUAGAACGUCAUUACAUGUGAGCGCCUGGCAAGGACACGUGGAGAUGGUAGAGUUAUUGCUAACCGAGGGUGCAGCUAACGUGAAUGCUUGUGACAAUGAAAAUAGAACACCGCUUCAUUCGGCCGCUUGGCAAGGUCACGCAGCGAUCGUCAGAUUACUCUUGGAACAUGGUGCCACUCCUGAUCACACUUGUAAUCAAGGUGCAACAGCUCUAGGUAUAGCCGCUCAGGAAGGACACGAACACUGUGUUCGGGCGCUUUUGAAUCAUGGAGCUGACCCUAAUCACUCCGAUCACUGUGGACGUAAUGCCAUUAAAGUGGCCGCUAAAAGUGGUCACGAUACAGUUGUCAGGCUGUUAGAAGAGCAUUCUGCGAAUCAACGCAGUUUGAGGCCCGGUAUCAAUGGAGGUGGUAGCAGCAGUGCUACUUCUGUCACAUCAAAUUCAACGGCUGAGACUAAACCUUCGUCGGCAAUUCUAAAUCCUCUAUCGACGCAAUACAGUCCAGCGGAAUCGCCGGAUUCGACAAAACGACGCAGUUGUGUUUCGUUAGGCAAUAAUUCAAGUAACAGCAAAUCGAGCAGUAAUUUAACUGGCAGCACUAAGAGCGAUCAAGGAAAAUUCAAUCAGAACUCAAUGGUUAAUUGUCAGGUAAUUAAAGCACCAUUAUCUUUCACUCAACAACUACAACAAUGCUCAAGGGGUGCAAAGAGUCGACCACUCAGCAAAUUAUUAUCACCUUUGAAAAGCGAACCACAGAGUCCAAUAUACGCUUCACCUCCGCACUCUCCGUUAAGCGACAGUCUCAUUCCUUAUUCGCCUACAAACACCAGUCCACCUAGUGCUCAAACGGCAGUUAACGUGAUACAGAGUCAGCUGGGCGUAUCGUUAUUGGCAGCAAAUCCAAAUGUGUCGUACAAAACGCAGAUAGGAUACAAUCAUACGCCCGUCAUCUAUGAGCCUAUCAACAUCAAAACUGAAAUUAUUGACAGGAAUAACAUUAGUAAGCCAUUUGAAUUAACGAACGAAAUGUUAGGCUUGAAUAUUGGAAAGGAUAAAGAGAAUGGACAUGAUGAGAAACGAAAUUCGGCCGAUACGCAUUUUACUCGAGACACUCAUAUGAGAAUAAUUUUGGGAAACAGCGGCGCUGGCGUUGGUAGAAGCGUCAAGCAUAUCUCGGAUCACACAUCUGGAAGACUUUGCAGAAAUCACAAUGGUCGUAUAAGGAAGACACACCGCUUCAUGAGCGAUAGGCUUUCCUUCCUUUUUCAACCCUCCCGAGCGAAAAAAGAUAGAAUAUGUAGUCAAGGAGGACAUACGACAAUUGGAAGCAAUGUAAAACCAAAGCGUAAUGGUUUAGUGUCCAAUCCAGCCAUGAGAUUAGUAGCGGGCGUUAGAAAUGGAAUUGAGAAUGCUACAAAUAGAAAUAAGCCUAUUACAACGCGUGUAAAUGGAUUCCAAUGGAAGGCGGAAGCGCGUAAGGAAACACCCUUGUAGGGACAGGCUGUAUCUCAUGGAUUGUCUCGGCGACGAGCCACGAGCCAAUACCGUGGAUGGCGAUCUGCUGCAAACAAAAAGCGAAAGUCAAUAAACAAAUUUUUCUCUGUUUAUUUGAGCAAAAUCAAAUUACCUCAAAUAAAAAGGAAGAGGAAGGAAGAGUGAAUAUUCUGAUAUGACGUGAAACACGGAGAUCGCGUAGUACACAAAACCAAAUAUUAAUUUGCAUAGGGAAAGUAUAUGUAGACAUAGAUAUGUAAACAAAACAAAAUAUGACUUUGUAUAAAUAUAAUGUUAAUGGAAUUAUUUACUGAUCUCACUAAUAUAUUACGUUCAUACAUAUAUACACGCGUUUGUAUUGCAUGUGUGUAUGUGUACGUGACGCUUAUACAGAAUAUCGCAAACACUGCCCAGUCUCCGAAUCACCGAUUUUAGGAAAGAAGGUACUUUGGUUUGCAACAGUCGGGAGUAAAAACAGAAGUUACUAAAGUUUGUUAUCGAGAGAAAUUGAUCGGCUUUUGAGGUAUUCUGUAUAUAUACUUAAAAAAUUAUUAAAAUUUUGAAGAGAGAGAGAGAGAGAGAGAGAG